CCGUGUACGAUGGAUCUAUUGGGCGAUGGUGAGAGUGAUGCGAAGCACCAUUUUGCAGAUUAUCGUCGCCAUUACGAGUAUAACAUCACCAGCAGCAAUGGAUCCAGCGAUGCCAUCCCGCUCUACACCGGAUAUCCACGGGCACUGCUCAACAUCGCAACGGUGACGUGCAUCGCGUACAUGGUCGUUGGCGUUCCAGGCAACCUGCUGACAAUAGUGGCCUUGAUCAAGAGUAAGAAGACACGCAACGCAACGGCCGUUUUCAUCAUGAAUUUAUCGUUUUCGGAUUUGCUGUUCUGCUGCUUCAAUUUGCCACUAGCUGCGAGCACCUUCUGGCACCAGGCCUGGCUGUAUGGGGAUGUUUUCUGCCGGCUGCUACCGAUGAUGCGGUACGGUUUGCUUGCCGUUUCACUGUUUACCAUACUGGCCAUCACAAUCAAUCGCUAUAUUAUGAUCGGCCAUCAGCGGUUGUAUCAAAGAAUAUAUCGUACGAAAAACCUGUGUCUGAUGGUAGCCUUUACCUGGAUACUGGGCUUUGGCUCGCUGUUACCGACGUGGCAUGAAAAAUGGGGAAAGUUUGGUCUAGACAUUGCCAUCCACUCGUGCUCCAUACUGCCUGACAGUCAGCGUCAUUCCCCGAAACAGUUUCUGUUUUUCAUAGCAUUUGCCUUACCUUGUUUGGCGAUCAUAAUUUGCUACGCGCGAAUAUUCUACAUUGUACGAUCGACUGCUCUGCGUACCAAAGAUUUGCCGAAUGACAAUCUGGACGAUAACAGUAUGGAGGACGUGUCAAGUGCAGUUAGUAAUCAGCACCAGCAGCAGCAGCAGUCAGGACACCCAGGACAGUAUAUGGGCUCUUCUGCUACGAUUACUCCCGAAAAGGAACUCCCAAACGAUGAGCGGCCCUUUCCACCGCCAUUAUCGUACAUCAACUUUAGCCAACACUCCGACUGGCACUACAUCGAUUCGAGCACCGAGAAUGAAAUAUUCUGCAGUACAUCAUCGACAGAGGAUACAUCGCGCCAGACGAAGCAUGAUAACAACAUUAUCGAUCACUGUGAUUGUAGCGCUACAAGGAUCCCACCUCGGACCGGUGAAGGAUAUCUUCUGGACCACAGUAGUAACAUGAAACCUCGCAAUCAACAACGGUACGCUAACGCAUCGGGUCCAGGCGUAAGGCGAAAUGCAAGCAAUGUGAAUGCGAGAAAGCGUAAGAAGCAUCUAAACACAUCCGGUGCGUCGAUCAUGAGUGCGGGCAAGAUGUCCGCGAAGGAUCGGAAACUGCUGCAGAUGAUAUUGGUGAUUUUCUUGGCCUUUCUCGUUUGCUAUCUACCGAUCACGGUGGUAAAGCUGUUCCGUCCCAGCAUGCAGGUACUAAACGUGGUGUCAUACCUGUUAAUCUAUCUUACCACAUGCAUCAAUCCGAUCAUCUACGUGGUAAUGUCGCGAGAGUAUCGUCAGGCGUACUCGGACCUAGUACUUUGCCGUACUUACGAAAUGGCGAAAAGUAAAUGCAAACAGCAGAAAGCGGCCAACGUGUUGCGGUUUGCGUCGAAAUGUUAACAAAGUAGAA